AUGAGCAGACGUGAAGCAUUUGUGAGUCGUAUAACGAACGAAACUAAGAUCCAGAUUGCGCUAUCGCUAAAUGGUGGCCCUGUUGAGAUAAAGGAGUCGAUUCUGGCUGAGAAGCAGCAGGAGAAGGAUAGUAACGUUGCCACACAGGCGACAGGUUCUCAGGUGAUAGAUGUCCAGACCGGCGUGGGAUUCCUAGACCAUAUGAUUCACGCCUUGGCAAAACACGCGGGUUGGUCACUAGUCGUGGAAUGCAUCGGAGAUCUGCACAUUGACGAUCACCACACGACGGAGGACUGCGGAAUUGCGCUGGGACAGGCAUUUAAGCAGGCGUUGGGGGAAGUUCGCGGUGUAAAGAGAUUCGGGACAGGGUUUGCGCCUUUGGAUGAAGCUCUAUCCAGAGCAGUUGUUGAUCUAUCCAACAGACCGCAUGCGGUUAUCGAUCUUGGCUUGAAAAGAGAGAAGAUUGGAGAUUUGUCGACCGAAAUGAUUCCGCACUUUUUGGAGAGUUUUGCCGAGGCCGCCAGACUCACAGUGCAUGUCGACUGUCUGAGGGGCUUCAACGACCACCACAGGAGCGAGAGUGCGUUCAAAGCGCUGGCCGUGGCUCUAAGGGAGGCUCUGGCACCCAACGGCACCAACGACGUGCCCUCGACCAAGGGUGUGUUGAUGUGA